AAAUGGCAGUGUAUUUCUUAAGUGUAAUGUUAUUUCGGCUGGUGGAUAGAGGUGAGCCGAAUGUUGCGAUCUAAGACUAGUCUACAUUUCGGAGUUAAAUUACUUCAUUACAAAUUUUGCGAUAUGGACUUAUAAAAGUAUGCAGCACUAUUGUCUUCGGGAAUAUUAGUGUACAUAUAUUUCAGACUAAAACCUCAUCUAUGUUGUAUAGAAUUGAUUAUUACUAAGCCGGACAAGUGAGAACACAAGUGUUAUUAAAAUCAGAGGGCUAUUUCACAUAAUUUGCAAAUGCAAUAUUAUAUUUUUGAAUAAAUUGUAAGUAAUUUUCGAUAGUUCAAUAUUUUAUCGACAAAGUAAUAAUUAUAGUGUGCCUCGUAUUUGUAAUUAAAUUGGCUAGUCUUAAAAUUGCCUAUUUGUCUUUAUAACAAAUUGUAAUCACUCUGCCCUUUUAAUAGUUUUGUACAGAAAUCCUGUAGAUUAGGUCUUAGUGCCUUUCAGUGUUAGUACUUAAUGAUAAUUCCCACGAUGCACAUUAAAUAUUAAAAUAGGUAUUGAUAAAGGACACCGAUAAAUAGUAGCUGUGAUUUAAUAUGCUUACUAAUGAUAAUAAUACAUUUUUAACAGACAUUGUAUUUCUACAUCCUGUCUGGAGGCCAUUAUAUCAUACAGUAUUGUCGUUUUGAUGUUUUUACUAAACUAAUAUUCAUUGAAACAUUAUUUUGUGUAACCCAUGCAUUCAUAGAUAUAUUCAAAGGGACCUAUUUAACACAGUAUCAUGUAUAUUUGAUGGUGAUCGUGAAUAUCCAAAAGUUGUUGACAGAAUGACAUCCUGAGUCACCCCUUUUCGGAUUACUGUACCACUUUUGCAACACAGUAUUAUAUGAGAAUGUUGUAUGACUUUUGCUCGAAUUUCAUUUAAAUACGUUUGUCGGUCUGAGUAGUGCCUUAAAAUCAUUACGACUUACUCAAUAUUUAAUGCGGCAUUUAAAUUGAUUAAUUGAAUGCAAGGGUUAUAUUAUUUUGUUUUAAGAAGAUAAGUAGUCAGUUGUUUCCUUUGUAAAAGAGGGAUUUUUGCAUAAACAAAAUAGGUUGGUAGCUAUGGUCUUUAUUGCAUUUAACUACUUGGAUCUCCUUUUGAUCAAUAUAAUAUGACUGUGGUUAUCCGUUAUUUACAAGACCCGUAACCAGAUUAAAAAUACUUUUCGACAUCGAAAGGAAAAAAGAAAACCGAACAUACACCUAUUCCUGAAUUUUAGUUCCUUUUUGCGUGAAUGAAGAUGAUGUUUAUUUUAAUUUAAAAUCUAAUUUGGUCUGUGGUAUUUAAUUGUAAUUGCCAUUUCAUUGUAUUGUUACAUUAAUGUUUUAACAUUUCAUCAUGUGAUAUUUCUAUAUUAUCUGUUAUCGUGAUAAAUGAAUAAUAUAAGAAUGUGUUGAUUUAUAAGUAGUAGACCUUGAUGGCUGGAGAGAAUUGUCUUUAUUUUGAUAAAAUUGAUUAAAAUAAGAAUUAUUAUGUUUAUGUAAAUAAUCAUGCAUAACAGUAGAAAGUAAUGGUCCUUAUUUAUGUUCUAUGAUAAUAUUUAAUAAUAAAUUGUCAACACCUUAGACGUGGUAGUCACCAGUUUGUGUAUAUGAAGAUGUAAACCAUUUUGUUUUGUUAUCACAAAUUUAUUUACGGUUUAUAAAAUCGUUUUAAGCGUCAGAUUCAGUUUAAUUCCUUUGAUGUUUAGUUUUAUUUAGAGUAGGUUCGAUUAUUCUGAUUGCUCAGCUCUCUCGUGAUUAAAUUGUGUGUGAAAUUAGUGAUUAUAGUGCAUUUUUUCUUUAUAAUACUGAAUCAAUCUUUUGAAGUAUUUCUGUAUCUGUUUCUUUACCCAUAUCAAGUCAUGGUUAAUAAUAUUUUUUUAACUCCUGAAAUAGUUAUAAAUAUUUCACAAAAUAUUCUACUUUAAAGCAAUCCCGCUAAUAUUACAAAUAACAGGUCUAAAAUAGCUUUUAGUAUUGUGUACUGUUUAGAUCUAAGUCAAAAUUCAAAUAAAUAUUAUAAUUUUAUUAAAAGUUCGGGCGCUUACUGAAUUAUAUAAUGUAUAUAAUUAAUCUCUUUAAAUGUAUAAUUAAUAAUUAUAUAAAAUACGCGUCAAACAAAAGAUAGUGUGUGAAAAUAUUCACAAACAUAAAUACUUUAUUAUUUUAUUACUAUAGACUUUUAUCAUGUUAUGUAAAUAGACAGUAAAUUCAAAAGAGAUGUGUAUAAAUAAAUAUGAUUAAAGAAAAAAGGCUUUUAUUUUAAUUGCGUAGGCAUAGACGCGUAGGUAUAUUAUACUUCUUAAUGUAGGUACUAACUACUUAUUCGAUAAGAAAAGUUAAUGUAUUGAAAGUAUCGGAGUGAAAAUAGACAUAAAUCCAUAUAGUAUGCUUCGAUCAAAUAUUCUGGUGGCAGCGGAGGAGUAGCUAUAGGUGGCAGGUGCGUGGGCCUCCAAAGUCCACCAGUUAGGAACCACUGCUCCUCCCCAAUAAACAAUGGCCAUAGAUUGGCUAAACAACAGUUAUCAUUAUCAUCUUAUCACUACAUGUGUGCAGUCGAGUAUCUAUGGAUUAUCUCGAAAGUUAAGUUUUAUCUGAGGUUAUUUAAAUAUCUACCCGCACAGUGUCAAAAUGGAUGUCCGCAAAAAUGGAAAUGCAGUUAAGAACCCACCAAAGGACAUGAUACAAAAUAUUAUAGGAUCGUUCGGCAAAUACCAACUUUACCUGUGCAUCCUGAUAUUCUUGACCAAAUACUCGAUGGCGUUCCAUCAAAUGGGAAUCAUAUUCCUGGCUCCGAAAGUGUCAUACAUCUGCCCGGACACCGGGAAUCAGACGUGUCCUUGUGAUGACCCGCUUUAUGAUCGAUCUGUGUUCACCAACACUAUAGUGAUGGAGUGGAACCUGAUCUGUGGGAGGCAGUGGCUCGUCAGUCUCACGCAAACACUGUUUCAGCUCGGCUCGCUGUUUGGAAGUGCCUUGUUUGGAGUCGCUUCUGAUAAGUUCGGAAGGAAAUACACAUUUCUGCUAGCUUUAUUCGUGCAGAUGAGCUCAGGAAUCGCUAACGGCUACAUGCCGACAUACUGGUCCUUCACCCUACUCCGUUUCCUCGUCGGCGUGGGUGUCGGAGGCACUAUGGUGACCGGUUUCGUCAUCCUCAUGGAAUUCGCUGGAAUUCAGUAUAGAGAUUCCAUAGCCGCAUGGUUUUCCCUACACUAUGAUUUCGGUUACAUUAUUAUGCCGGGACUGGCUUAUCUGUUCAGAGACUAUGCUCAGUUCCAACUGGCUACUUCCCUACCGAUGGUGGUGUUCAUAAGUUACGUGUUUCUUCUGCCGGAGACGCCACGGUGGUUGAUAGCGGCGAAGAAGACAGAAGAGGCUGUGCUGAUUUUGGAGCGAGUGGCUCGCGUAAACAACCGCCCGACAGAAAACAUAAGAGCCACCGUAGAAGCUUACGAAAAAACAUUGGGACAAACCAAACUGCGCAAAGGAAACGUUCUGGAUCUCGUGCGCACUCCCGCGCUGCGCCGCAACACCGUCUGCAUGGCAUUCUGCUUCUUCUCAUGCUCCUACUGCGUCUUCGGAGUCUCACAGUACGUGGGGCAACUGGGAGGCAACGUGUUUCUGAACGUGGCCGCGAGCGCCACCGUCGCUGCGAUUGGAGCAAUACUCUCCAUGCCACUCAUGAAGAUCACCGGACGGAAGACCAUAUUCGUCUCCUUGUUCCUCGUUUGCGGCGCCAGUCUCCUGCUCUUAGCUGUUAGUGACGGGGGUAUCGCGGUCGCCUUCGCCUGCAUCGGUCUCGGCACGGGAAUGAUAAUCUUUCUCGUAGCAUCAUUGUACUGCUCUGAAAUGUAUCCCACAGUGGUUCGGAAUGCGGCGGUGGGCGUGUUCACGAUGUUGUCCCGCGUGGGCUCGAUGGUGGCCCCGUUCGUGAUCGGGCUGCAGGCGCGGGGGGCGUGGGUGCCGGCCGUGGUGUUCGCGGUGCCGCCGCUGGCCGCCGCGCUCGUGGCACUGCUGCUCCCGGAGACGAAGGGGUGCCGGCUCAUGACCACCGUGGAGGAGGGAGAGCAGUUCGCUAAAAGGAAAGGGAGUGCCAAACAUUAA